CCAAAAUGGAUGGACAACAACACAGAAGGUACACUCAUUGAGCCGUCCGCUCACACAUUUCUGACUUUUUCCCAAACGAGCCAGAUUCAUUGAACGUGGACAUAUACCCCGGGCCUUAUUUAACUACCCGAAAACGGUCUUGGCCAUAACCAAAGCAAAGAGGCAGAGGCGAGGCGAGGCGAGAGUAAAGUAGCUCUCUCACAUUUCAUUAGUUUGAUUUAUGGCUCCAACCACGGCGAUGGCGGUGGCGACGGCGUCGGGCGGAGAGCGGCGACAGCCUGCGACGGACGAGGCGGAGGCGUUGUGGAGGAGAAACGAGGAACUGGAGAGGGAGCUGGAAAAGAGCAGGGAGAGGGAGGAGAGGAUGAGGGAAGAGCUGCAGAGAACGUGGGAGAGGCUGAGAGUGGCGGAGGACGGCGAGGAGAGGCUCUGCUUCCAACUCGGAGAGCUCGAGGCGGAGGCUGUCGAUCAGGCACGUGACCACCGCGCUCGCAUCCUCUCUCUCAUGGAUCAGCUCUCUCAGGCUCACAAACUUCUCGGAACUUCCCCCAUCGCUUCGCCAUAGUCCAGAUCUCUCUGUCUCUCUCUCUCUCGCUCUCUCUCUUUUGUUUUAGAUUUUUUGUAAAUUACGUGGUGGUUCUGAAUUUGAAAUCUGAAUCCCCUGUUUUCUUGAUCCCUGCGUAAAUAUUUAGGAUCGAUCUUAUUGUCUGGAUCGAAUAAAAUCAAACUCAGAUUUGCCAUUCCAAAUCUGAGAAUUGUGAUUGUAAGGCCACCGCUCUUUGUAGUUUCAUGGGUUGAUCUGUUCUGUCUCAGUCUUGGUUUAAUUUUAAUUAUAGUCUGAAAUUUCAUC